AUGACCGAAAAUUUUGAAGUCAACAAUUUAACUUUAAGUGGGAGGACAAAAUCGACAUUUAGCGGCACUGUCCCCAUGGACGACCUGGAAGGGGUCGAGGCUGGCCAUUACGAGAGGCUCCUGCUGAAAGUUGUGGCCGGAGACGGCGGUGGCCCCGAUGGUACGGUGGCGGCGGAGGCGUACAUUGUGCACAGGAGCUUCGACGAGGGGCUGUGGAAGAGGUGCGGAGGAGUCGGGAUCGGAGAGUUCACAACGGAAAUGGCGAGCGAGUACCAAAGAAAGGAAGAGAGACCUCCGGGUUUCAAUUUUCUGAAAGAUCUCAAGCUUUUCAUUUCUGGUGUUGAAUAA